UAUAUUUUAUGAUAUAUAUUUUCAUAUUGUGGUUGGUAGUAAUGACGGAGUCCGUCCGGUGGCUAUGUGAGAGAGAGUUCCCUCCAUGUGUGUGUGUGGUGUAGGUGAUGUACAAGGUGAACAUGAGUACUCCGUGCAAAUUUUGAAGGAGAUGUUAUGUGUGCCGUGCCCGGCCGUGCGUCUUACUAUUGUGAUAAUCUUGAAAACUCGUUUGUAUAUACUGUAAAUCGUUUUGAAGCGAAAGAUGAAGAUGGACAUUUUGAUGGCUAGUAAAUAUAGAGGAUGUUUAUUAGGAGCUUUAUUGGGAGACUGUUUGGGAGCUCCGUAUGAAGGCGAAUCGCUGGUUUCUAAAGUAGUGCUGCAACAGUAUUUCGAUAAAUUAGGUGGACCCUACUUCAAAGCACCAGUUAAAAUGUAUACAGAUGAUACUGCAAUGACAAAAUGUCUUUUAAACAAUAUAUUGAGUAAUCGUGGGGUUGAACCUCGUGAUUUAGCAAAACGUUUCACUGUAGAGUAUUUUAACGAACCCCGGCGAGGAUAUGGUCAAAAUGUAAUUGAUGUGUUUCACAAAUUAAGAGCUGAGAAAUUUGAGGAUCCUUUUGGUCCUGCCAGAGCUCAGUUUAACGGGAGUGGAUCAUAUGGAAAUGGAGGUGCAAUGCGCAUAGCACCUAUUGCCCUUUUUUAUUACAAAAGUUUAUCUGAUGUAAUAGAAAAUGCUAAGGUAUCUACAAAGGUCACUCAUACAAAUAAGAAAGGAGUUGAUGGUGCUGUCCUUCAGGCAGUUGCUAUUUGCCAGAGCUUGCAAAGUAAUCCUGAAGGCAAAUUGAAUCCUCAAGAAUUUUCAGAUAAGCUUUUCAAUGUCAUGGCUUCUGUGGAAAAGGAUGAGGAAGGCAAAAAUAAGACGACAGUGUUAAUGUUGCAUUCACAAUUUUGUGCUUUAGGCGCUAAUGGAACUGAUUGCCUCAAUUCGUUGCGAUCAUGUCAUGCACUGAGAGCUGAAGGGCAGCACUGGUCACACAGGCUGGGUCUGGAUGACCCCACCCCUUAUCAAGCUCAGCUGCGGGUCGUCAAGGAUCUGCUGGAGAAAGGUGACGCAGCUUCAGAUGAAGAAGUGCAAAUGAAGUUGGGCACUAGUGUUGCUGCUCUUUAUUCAGUACCAACUGCUAUAUUCUGCUUCUUGCGAGCAAGAACAAAUAUACCAGAAAUAGAGACUGAUAAUCCUUUUCGGCGCACUCUGCAGUAUGCAAUAUCAUUGGGAGGUGACACAGACACCAUAGCCUCCAUGGCAGGGGCCAUUGCAGGAGCUUUCUAUGGAGACAGUUUCAUCCCUGAAAAUCUUAAGAAGCAUUGCGAGUCAUCUCAGGAGAUCUCAGAUUUAGCAGAUUCCCUGUAUGAUCUGACAAAAAAGGCCUGAAAAUGUAUGAUAAUCAUUAUUUAGCAACUUUUUUUUAGAAUGUUUGUUCUCAAGAAACCCACAAUAGUAGGAAUGUUGCAAAUGGUUUAUAUAUAAUUGAAUGUUAUUUGUGAUACAAUCUGAAAACUUUUUGUGUAAUAUCCUUAGAAAUGAAUAAACAUAUGCAGAAAAUGUUCUUCAAAAAAAUUUCAAUGUUAUUGGAAAGACAUUUUAUAAUUUGCUGAAUGCUGAGUUUCUGUUUGUUUUUCUUUCGGUUAUCAGAUUUUUAAAACAGAUGUCAGAUGUUGAAAUCUUAGAAUAAUAUUGUUGAUUAAUUGCUUCCAUUGGUUUUAACAAUGGUGUUCAAUGUGAUUAAUUAUGACUUUAAUUCUUGGCUGUGAUUUUUAACUGAUUUGUCCAUAAUUGUUUACUAAGUGAGCCUUGUAAAUAAAAUGGUUUUAAACAUUCAUAUGUUCAGUUUUAUUAAAGACCAUAAAUUAAAAUAUUGCUUGGAUGUCGUGUCAUUGAAGUUUGUAAUUUGUUUCAUUAAUGAAAUGAGCGUCUUCAACUUGUUAAUUGUAGUGCUCAGGGUGGGCUAAAUUUUCACCAAGCCCCCCCUAAAAACAAAAACUACCCAGAUAAAAUAAUUUUUUUAAAUCAAAAUAUUAAUGAAAUUUAGAAUGUAAUCACAAUUUAAUGCUGAUGAACAAAAACAAAAACCCAACUACAAAAUAAAGUAUGCUAAUGAUAAAA